GCCAUAAGAUAAAUAAUAUGGCGUCAUUUUAGUAUUUUGUUUUAUAGACAACAUUAAUUGUAAAUAUCUGUAGAACGUGUGAAGCAAAAGGUAGUGUAAACAAGAAUUUUAAAAUGAAGAAGUCUCCGUUAAGUACGCCAAGUAGCAGCAGGGCAAAGCAAAACUAUAAUUGGAAAUUACACGACCGUAAAAACAGGACAGGUUAUAACUAUAUUAAAAGUGAUAAUUAUCAGUGUAAUUCGUCAAAUGAGAGUCAAGCAAAUUCUGGAAACGAUUUUAUUCCUUUGGGCAUCAGUACACCAGAUUCUAAGGGGCAGAGUGGUAAUUGGUAUGGUUGUGGAGGUAAUCGUAGUCAUCGUAAUUCAGGUAGCAGUGGACUUAACCAUUACAGGAACAACUAUCAUGCAACCCCAAAAUCAAAUUUCAAUAAUUCGUACUCUCCUUAUAAGCACACUGGUAAACAAUUUUACGGUCAAAAAAAGGGUUACCAAAAGGAUGCGCGCAAACAGAUUGACAUAUCGAGAUACAUAGAUGUGAAAUCUUUUUUGGAAGAUCCUUGGGCAGAGUUAAUACAAAACUUAAAUAAAUCGGAAGAAACAAAUGGGGGAAAGUUACUUAAAGUUAAACAGUCUCUUUCACCACAAUCCAUUUACAGAAAUUCUGAAGCAGAUUCUGAAAAUAAAUCUGUAACAGAUGCGGACGAUUCUCUUUUUAGUCAAGAAUCCAAACAUGAAUCUUCCUUAGAUGUAACAUUGGGGUUGGAUGAUACAAAUGUUAGCGAUACAUCUCGAACAGAAAGCUCAAUAAAUUCAAAACUUGGUAAUGUAAGGUUCAGUCAAGAGUCACAGAACGAAAGCUUUUGCAGUAAUAAUGACAGUGCUUGCAAUGAUAGUUACGAGGAAAGUACUAUUCAUCAGUUCUGUGGUUCAGAGGCGGACUUGAUUCAAGAUCUUAUAUAACAGUGACAAAGAUCUAAGUGCACUGUUUAGAAACAUAAUUAGUUCCCAGUACAGUGCGCCAGUAUGUUAUACAUUGUACAUACAGACUUUCAACUGUAGAUAGGUAUUGCGAAAGCCAUUAAAUGUUUACUUAAGGCUUUUGGAGUAAAAUUCUAGCAUAUAGAUGAAAAAAGUGACAAAGUUUUUAGCAGUGCAGUUUUCCUUUACAAAGGUAGCUCUACUGCAGAAGCAUAUCCGAUACAUAUGCAAGAUACAAUGUAUUAAAAUUAUCUUUCAAAUUAUAUUUUCACAACAAGGCUGUGAAAGAAAUGAAUGUAGUUUGCAUGAAAGGAGUUGUAUAUGUGCAAUUCAUUGAUACGUACUUAGUACAUUGAUGAGUACUAAGAGAAGUAUGUACGUCAAAGUAUGAGGGAACAGUAAACACCAAUUUCUCACCACUAGACUAAGUGUUCCAAACCUAGAUUAAAUGCUGUAGGUUGAAUAAAAUUUAAAUUUGCUUAAUCCAAGUCUAUAGUAAUUGUGUAAGACAAGAUUUAUAGUCAUUGUUGAAUGCCCAUUAUUAAUUUUAGUCCCUUAAUCUAUAUGUCUAUAUGUAUACUCCUUACCACACAACAUAGAAAUAUAUGGAAAAUUAACGAAUAUGUAUUAAUAUUGUGUCACGUAUAUAGAUAAGUAUGUUACAUCAUAUAUGAAUAAUUAAGUAAUUAUUAAUCAAGUGCAAAUAUACGUGACUUUAAUUUCAAGUUUGAGUUAAAGGGUUACACCACCUUUGUCAGUAUCAAAACAGAGAGUAUUGUCAUGAAUUGUAGGUAAGAAUUAUAUAUAUUCGACUAAUAUGAAUUUUAUUUUUACGAAUAAAGUGUAUAUUCAGCUUUUGAAAAGUUUUUUUUAUGUUCACUUGCUUAAUCAGUAUUUGAAAAUAAAAAAUGAAGCAAUGUUAUUCUUCGAGUAAUCCCUAUCAUAUGACAUAUGGAAUAUUUAAAAUUACAAAAAUUGUAGAAUUUUUGCCACCGCAAAGGAAGUGGGCUGUUUUCACGAGGUAUAUUUUUAAUAAAUUUCGUAAAUUAUUUGCAUAACAAAAAUUAUAUGUCAUAGAGUAGGCAAUGUUAUUUAGAAUAUUGUGCCAAUUUCAUUAAAACUAAAAUAUCAGAAUUUGAGUUACUCAAUAUUUUGUUUCACUCUAAAGGUGGCAUAUCUCUUUAACUGUAUGAAUAGCAAUACUUAUUUUUACGUAAAUUUUAUGUUAUUUAAAUACUAAUUAGUACUUGAUUUUCAUUCAAAUUUUUUAAGUAGUAGUAUCACUUAAAACAACAAAUUCAUGGAAAAUAAUACCUUUGUAAAAUUAAAAUAGCAGAUUAGUACACACUAGAUUUGUAUAAUUGUUAUCUUAGAAACAAUACAGUAAGAGUUACUUGUUUCCAGUCUUUACACAUUUUUACAGAAAUUUAGCAAACAAUGGAUUGUAGAGUGUGAUAAAAGUGUCCUACAUGUUCGAUUAACAUGCUAACUUAAUGUACAAAUGAUGAUCUGGUACAAAAAUUUAUAUAAUUUAAGAAAUUUAAAUUUCUUUUUAAGUUAUAAUUUUACAUAUUCAUGUAAAGCAUGUUAUUCAUGUCUAAAACAGCAAUUGUAUAAACAAUGUGUACAAGAUGAUAUUGUAUGUAAAUAUACAUAAAUUACAAUAAUAUUCAUUUUAAUAUUUGG